UGCAAUUUUAUUAUCCAUGCUGUCUUCCGUAACCUAUUUCAACAGUUGACCUGAUAAAAUCAUUUAAAAUGCAUUUUAAAUAUAGAUUUUAGACUCUAGAUAUAUCUAGACAACACUAGAUCUAAUAUACACAAGUUUUAUUAUGAUAAAAGCUUAUUACAUGUUUAGAUCUGGAUCUAUCUACACUACACUGACUACUAAUUGAGAGACACAAUUUCAAUACAGUACUCAGUCACUGUCAGUCAGUGUAACUCAAGACUCAGUCAUUCAAUACUCAAAAUCAAAUACUGUCAUUACUGACAACAGAGAACACUCAUCAACACAUAACACAGUAUUGACGUUAAAACAGUACAUUUUGUUUUCCCAUGGCCUUGGGUAGCUUUUUUAGUAAAGUGACAGCUAGCCAAAUGCUGUCAACCAUCAUUCGAAGGUGUGUAAAGUCAUCAUUCAGUGGAUUUACCGAUGGCUCAGCAAAAUUUCUUUUAGGACAAAAUGCUCAAGAGAAGAUGAGACUUUUGAUAAAUAAUAUUGGUAUUAAGCUAAAUCUUGUUAGUUUUCUUUUAACGCAACAAUGUAACCGGGUUGCAGCAUUGAGGCUCAGAAGAGCUUUUCAGAUUAUUGUUUUAUAUCAACGUCUGUAUGGAGAACAAGUACUAAUGCAGAAAAUAAAGAAAAAUGUUGGCAUUAAAAGUAAACCAUUGUUGGCCAUGUUGUCUGCAGCAGUUUUUCAAUGGGAAAAAGAACGAGUUACAGAUGAUGAGAUUAAAAAAUGCUGUGAAGAAGUUCAGGAAGUGAAUAAUUUAAUAGCCUUGAAAAAUAAACCCAAUCAGGUAACCAAUGUUUCACAUGUUACUCAUGAGGACCAUGAAUGGGUUACAGUGGUAGACAGAAUCGACUUUAAAAUCUGGCGCCGGGCUAUUCCUGAUUCAAAUCUCUAUCAAUAUCGAGUGUUUGGUAAAUACAAUGAUAUACCUGCUAGAGCUUUUUACAAUACUCAGGUAGAUGUAGAAUACUGGAAAGACUGGGACAAGAACACUAUAGAAGUUAGUAUUGUUGAUAGAGACAAUAAAACUGAAUCGGAAGUGAUUCAUUGGAUUUACAAAUUCCCUUAUCCUAUGUAUCCAAGAGAUUAUGUUUAUGUGCGGCGCUGUAAGGUUGACACAAAUGCUGGUACUAUGGUGAUCACAGCCAGAUCAACUGAACAUCCAUCUUGUCCACAAACAGACGCCUGUGUUAGAGUCUCCACGUACUGUUCACAGAUUGUCAUCAAGCCUUUCACUACUUUUGAUGAGAAUGGUUUCCUUUAUGUUCAGACAUACUUUGACGAUCCACAGACUAACUUUCCACCUAUGUGCUACAAUUGGAUGGCCAGUACAGGUGUGAAUGAAUUCUUAGAAAAGCUCUACAGAGCUGCCAAGAAGAAGCAUGAAAAAAGUGUGGAGUCUGCUGUGACACACAUGGAUAAGAAGACAGGAAACAUUUACACCAACAUUGUUCAUCAUCAGUGAUCACAAAGUCAUCACAUGUGUAGCAAUGCUUGUGAUAGGAUGGAUGUACCAUAUGUGAUAGAGUUCCAAACUUAUUUUCUUACACCCAAUAUUUCUCUGUACACUUUUCAUCUAUUGCUUUGUAAUGAAAGAGUGCUGAGAGAGAAAAAAAAUGGGUGUCCUCAUGUAUUUACAUUGUUUCAAAUUGACUUAUUACUUAUUCAUUACAUAUUUUUACAUUUUCCAUUUUAAUUCUGCUCUAUUUAUUUGGGCAUUCUUACUGCCAUAGAUUUAAUUUAUACUCAUGGGUACCACUCAGCAAGGUCAUUUUGAGCUUGCCUUGCCAUUAAACUUUUAAACGGAAUCGAUACUUAACCAAUGAUCCCAACAGUAAAAUAGAAAUCUCACUUUCUCAAAUUUGGGAUUGGUGUAUUCUCAGAAGGCUUAUACAAUAAAUACUUUAUGUUUGUUGAGUGGCAUUCAUGCUUGCACCAAUUACUUAGAAGUGUCAUCAGUUAGUUGUAUCAUUAUGUUGUAAAUAGAUAGUGGGUGGAUAAAGCAAAAUAGUUGCCAUAAUAAAAUGCCUUUUGAUUCAUUAUAACUUUCAGUUGACAAAAUAUACUCAUUUAUAAUGGAAUUGCAGCUGCAUUGCAAACUGUUUAAACUCUAAUCUUUUUUUGUUUUUUUUUUAUUAUUUUAAUAAUCUGUAGUGUAAGAAAUUAAUAACAGCAAUACCAUGCAACUUUGUCUGUAAAUAUACUAUAAUGUCUAGCGAAUCACUAAUUUCUGGCACAUAACAUGUAAGCGUAAAAGCCUGAUCUUGGAUAAUAAAAAGAGCUGGAGCUUA